AUGCAAGCAAAGAAGAUGACUGAAAGCGAGCUGUGGUGGUCAGGACCAAGCUGGAUGACUCGAAGCGACAGCGAAUGGCCUGUGUGGAACAUGGACGAUGACCUUGAUAGAAACGAAUUGGAGGAGAAGAAAACAAAAGUUCUGCAAACGCUGACUACAGAGACGGAAGACGUCAUAGAGAUGGAAAGGUACAGCUCUGUGAGAAGGUUACAUCGGGUUGUGGCCUGGAUUUUGCGAUUCAGAGGGAACGCUACAAAGAAAAGUUACACUACCGGACCCCUGACAGCGCAGGAGUUGCAACGUGCCGAAGAGUGUUGUAUCAAACUUGUGCAAGGGAAAGCCUUUCCAGAAGAAAUAGCGGCUGUGCUGAGUAACAAGCCAUUACCAACAUGGUCAACAUUGCAAGGCAGCAAGUUGUUUAUGGACACCAGUGGCGUACUGAGGGUAGCAGGUCGGCUACAUCACAGUGAUUUGCCGUAUGAUCAGAAACACCCCGUCGGCCUACCAAAGAAGAAUCAUUAUGCGGAACUGCUGAUCAGGCAGUGUCACUGGGAUCUGCUUCAUGCAGGAGUAAGAGACACACUGGUCCAAUUAAGGGAAAAGUUCUGGAUAUUGCACGCGCGACAGUUGAUCAAAAGCAUCUUGAAGAAAUGCGUCGUCUGCCAACGAUACAAUGUAAGGGCUGCGAGACAAGAAACGGCUCCUCUGCCAUCAACGAGGGUGACACAGUCAGAGCCGUUCGCAGUAACAGGACUCGACUUUGCCGGGCCAGUGUGGAUAAAGGCACAACGUUCAGCAAAGGAGGCAUACUUCGUAAUUUUUGUGUGCGCAGUGACCAGAGCCGUACACCUUGAACUUGUAGAAGCAAUGUCAGCGACCGCAUUUCUACUGGCGUUCCGGCGGUUCCUAGCGCGGCGAGGAAUACCCAAAGUUGUCUAUAGCGACAAUGCCAAGGCUUUCCGCAAGAGCAACAAGGAGAUUAGAAAUUUAUGGGAUGCGACACACGGUCAUGAAAUCGAAGAGAAGAUUGCUGAAUGGAGAGUAGAGUGGCGGUAUAACGUACCAUAUGCCCCAUGGUGGGGCGGCUUCUACGAACGUCUAGUACGAUCGGUGAAAGUCACCUUGAAGAAGACGAUCGGCGCAAGAUGUCUGAAGGAAGCCAAACUCAAUACCAUUCUCACAGAAGUCGAAGCCGUCCUGAAUUCUCGUCCAAUAACAUUCGUGUAUGAGGAGGAAGGUACGCAUCCACUGUGUCCAUCGGCAUUCCUGACGGGAAAGCGAUUGACAACGCUACCGAACACCAAAGCUAGCGAUGUACCAGAGAGCAGUGGCAGUACUCUACAGAUAAUGUGGCAGAAACGGGCAGAGAAUUUGAAUACCUUCUGA